AGGGGAGAAAACAUAUAUACUCCUUCUCCAUUGCAAGGUUCAUAGCUAAGGGUCCUAUAACAAAACACAGAGAAUAGCAUCAAAAUUUAUUUAGUGUAAGUUUUGUGUGACAGUAAUAAGGAACCUUUGGAAAUGAAGACCCAAAGAAACAGAUGUAUUACUCUCGGUGGAAAUAUUGAGUGCUAAAACAUACAACAAGACAGAUGCUAGCUCUUAUCACCAUGAAGAUGUUACUUCGUGCCAAGUGUUUUCAGCACCUAGUAAUUCCCGGCUCUGUGAGAGCACUGCAUAAAGACUAUAGAAUAGCAACACCGCAGAAUUUUUCCAGCUAUGAAUCCAUGAAACAAGACUUCAAGCUGGAGAUUCCAGAGUAUUUCAACUUUGCUAAAGAUGUCCUAGACCAAUGGACCAAUGUGGAAAAGGCUGGAAAGAAAUCUUCCAAUCCAGCCCUCUGGUGGAUCAAUGAGAAUGGAGAAGAGGUGAGGUGGAGUUUUGAGGAACUGGGAUCUCUGUCCAGAAAAUUUGCCAAUAUACUUACAGAAGCCUGUGCCCUGCAAAGGGGAGAUCGAGUAAUUGUGAUUCUUCCCAGGAUCCCAGAGUGGUGGCUUGCACAUGUAGCCUGUCUUCGGACAGGUACAGUUUUAAUUCCAGGAACCACUCAGCUGACCCAAAAAGAUAUCCUCUACAGAAUACAAUCUUCAAAAGCAAAGUGUAUUAUCACCAAUGACGUUUUAGCCCCAGCAGUAGAUGCUGUUGCACCCAAAUGUGAAAAUCUACACUCCAAGCUGAUUGUGUCUCAGAACUCCAGAGAGGGGUGGGGAAACCUCCAGGAGAUGAUGAAACAUGUCAGUGACAACCACACCUGUGUGAAGACAAAACAUGAUGAAAUGAUGGCCAUUUUCUUCACCAGUGGAACAAGUGGAUCUCCUAAAAUGACCGGGCACACCCAUAGCAGUUUUGGCUUAGGAUUAUCUGUAAAUGGAAGGUUCUGGCUAGAUUUGACACCCUCAGAUGUGAUGUGGAAUACCUCAGACACAGGCUGGGCAAAGUCUGCGUGGAGUAGUGUUUUUUCUCCAUGGAGCCAGGGAGCAUGUGUAUUUGCACACUAUUUACCCCAUUUUGAGCCAACUUCCAUCUUGCAAACACUUUCCAAGUUUCCCAUCACAGUCUUCUGUACAGCGCCAACUGCUUACCGAAUGCUUGUACACAAUGACAUGACCAGCUAUAAGUUCAAAAACUUAAAGCACUGUGUGAGCGCUGGGGAACCAAUCAAUCCUGAAGUGAUUGAACAAUGGAGAAACAAGACCGGCCUUGAUAUCUAUGAAGGAUAUGGACAAACUGAAACGGUCCUAAUCUGUGGAAAUUUUAAGGGAAUGAAAAUUAAGCCUGGCUCAAUGGGAAAGCCUUCUCCAGCUUUUGAUGUUAAGAUUUUAGAUGCACAUGGCAAUGUUUUACCUCCUGGACAGGAAGGAGAUAUUGGCAUUCGAGUUCUACCUAACCGACCAUUUGGUCUUUUUACUCACUAUAUAGAUAAUCCUUCAAAAACAGCUUCAACUCUACGAGGCAAUUUCUAUAUCACUGGGGACAGAGGGUAUGUGGAUAAAGAUGGCUACUUCUGGUUUGUUGCAAGAGCAGAUGAUAUCAUAUUAUCUUCUGGUUACCGAAUUGGACCAUUUGAAGUAGAAAGUGCCUUAAUUGAGCACCCUUCGGUUGCAGAAUCAGCUGUUGUCAGCAGUCCAGACCCCAUCAGAGGAGAGGUAGUAAAGGCUUUUAUUGUUCUGAAUCCUGAUUACAAGUUACAUGAUCAAGAACAACUUAAAAAGGAGAUUCAGGAGCAUGUUAAAAAAACUACAGCACCUUAUAAAUAUCCCAGAAAGGUAGAAUUUAUUCCAGAGCUGCCAAAGACUGUCAGUGGGAAGAUAAAAAGAAAUGAACUGAGGAAGAAAGAAUGGAAAACAGUUUAGAUUCAUUCUAUUAAUUAUUGUGGUAUCUAUAAAUCUAUAGAAACUGCAAGAAAAAAUGUGGUAGCAUGCUUAGGAACUAUAGAUUUAAAAUAUCUUGUGGUUAUGACAUCAGGGCUGAAUUCUUUUUUUUUUUAAACGCUGAGAUUUAGAUGCAUUUUAUUUUAUUUUAUUUUUGGCCGGGGCUGGGUUUGAACCCGCCACCUCCAGCAUAUGGGGCCGGUGCCUUACUCCUUUGAGCCUCUGCAUUAGUGUCAAUGUUGAUAUAAUUUGUUAAUAUAAAAUGAAUGUCAUCAAUUGCUGAGGAAUUCUAAAUAUGUAAUAUAGAACCAAAUCUUUGUCCCAUUGUUUUUCAAAUUUUAGUUAAAUAAUUCUUCUGUUUUUAGUAGAGACAGGUCUCGGUUUUGUUGGUCUUGAACUCCUGAGCUCAAGCAAUCCACCUGCGUAGGCUUCCCAGUGUGCUAGGAUUAUAGGUGUGAGCCACCAUAUCCAGCCUUGAAUAAUUCUUCUGAUAUGUUGAUAUACAAGUCAGAAGCUAUGUUCAAUGUGUGAAAUAACACUAAACAACUUAUUAAAGUUUUUAUAAAAGUAUUAAAAGAAUAUCAUAAUUUUCAGAGAACAAGUAUCUACUUGAAAAUAGACUAGGAAUUUUUAUUCACACUUUUGUUCAAAUAAUCUAAAGAUAGUUUAAAUCUUAUUGCAAGGCCAAA